AGUCGAUGGCCGCCUCUGUACGACUGGCGAAUAAUAUAAUGAUAUACAAUAUAUCAAACCCGAUAAUAAAUUGCGAUUAAAAAAUAAAAAUAAUAAUAAUAUAUCUUUUUACUGAAUUAUUAUUUUCGACGAUACGGCGACACGACGCUAAUAUUAAUACCUAUAAUAUAUAAAACCGUUUGCCGCGAGAUAGGCGACCGCAGUCGUCGAUCAUAACUCACCUACGACACGUACCAUUAUAAUAUAAUAUUAUACACGCCCGCGGUGCUGGUAUCUCGUAUAUUAUAUAGUAUACCCGAAUACGCGCGCACGUACCUGGCUGUUAGCUGCACAGGCGCCCGUGUAGGUUUCGGGUCCAUUGCCUUUGGGUCUUAACGCACCCGACGUUUUGCGGAUAUCCGUUGACGUUCUACCGCGCAACAUGAAAUCGUUCGGACCGUGCUGGUCGCUGUUGGUCGUCCUGCAGUGUUUCGUGGCUUUUGCCGCGAACGAGCCAGCGACAUACGUCCGGACGCACAGGAAGUGCGAUUCAAGAAAUUUCACGUCAUUCAACCAAUUCAACGAGUGCACGAACUCGUCGUUGGAGUCACCAUCUGCGGGACAGCCGGUCCAACAGCGGCGAUACGCCUUUUUGUCGACGGACGACAAUAAGAAUGUUUCGUUUCUAGUUCAAAAAGACAUGUACCGCGAUAAUAAAAAAAACGAAAUACUAUUGUCCAACACGAUUCAAGGGUUGUUUUUUGCAAGUCCACCAAUGGCUGUGUUAAGCAGUUCAAACGAACUAUGCAAAAACCACAGUCAGAUAUACUUAAGAGAAUUAGAAAAAUUAACAAUAUGGGCAUUAAGAAUGUACGAUUCUUCGGCAAAAAUACCAUCAGGCAUUCUAAACGGAAAUGUAAACCAAUUCGGAGAUUUUGAUCAGUGUUUGAAAGUAAACGAUGAAAACUUGGGAAUCAAGGGACAGUAUUGUUUAACGUACGUGGAAAUGACAUUACCAUCAAAUGCGAACGAAAAAUUAAGAUACAUAGUUGAUCUUAUGCAUUCGCAUUCAGCUUUUCGUAGUCGGUUAGAAGACCCCGGCCAUCGUGUCCCGAGGUUUUCCACCAUGAACUGGGCUGUUUGCACGCCUGCCAGCUGUUCUCCAGCUGACAUCGAACAAGAAAUGUACUUGUUGCUGUCAAAGUACGUUGAUACAACUGAAAUAAAGUUGCGUCUUAAAGUUGAUCCGGAUAUGUGUCAGACGUUUAGACCAUCUAUCGUGCCGACGACGGGUUCGUUGAUCGCAAUGUCGGCAUUUGGAAUUUUGAUUGUGAUCAUAAUGUUGUCUACCAUUAUGGAUAAGUACAAUAUGUUACAGGAUUCGAAAAGUAACAUUUCCAAAAUAAUAUACUCGUUUUCGUUGAUAAGGAAUGUCCGGCAGCUGUUGAGCGUUAAUGAAUCACCUGAAGAUAUCAGGUCAAUUCACGGGAUCCGUGCGCUGAACGCUUUCAUGCUUCUAGCGUCUCAUAAGUCGAUGGCAAUGUUCUUCAACCCGUAUUCUAACAGGACCGCUAUGACAGAGCAUCUCGGAAAACAAUGGACAGUAAUAGCUCGAGCUGCGAGUCUUUACACAGAUCCUUUCAUAUUCAUGAGUGGAUUAUUGACUACUAUUUCAUUCUUGAGGCAUUUAGAUCGAAGGGGUACUAUCGAUUUGCCCAAAGAAUUAAUUUCUAGAUUUGCAAGACUGGUGCCGACGAUGGGUGCCAUCAUAUUAUUUUGCACAUUGAUCUUGCCGAAUUUGGGCUCCGGCCCGCAAUGGAAUCUAGUGGUCAAACACCACGCCGACAUUUGCGAAAAGACGUGGUGGAGAAAUUUCUUGUUUAUCCACAAUUACUUUGGCUUCAAAAAUAUGUGCUUGUCUCAUACACAUCAUAUUGGAAUUGACUCGCAGCUAUUCAUGAUAUCUCCGCUGCUUGUGUGGACACUGUGGAAAUGGCCUAGAAAAAGUAUGGUGGCACUCGUAGGGCUGGCAACGAUCUCAACGGGACUUCGUUAUUACGUGACGUUAACGAAAAAAUUGAACUUGUUUAUCAAUUUUGGAAGCUCGGUUUCGCAAAUGUACGACACCGCCGAUUAUUCAUACAUAUUGCCCACUCACAGGUUGACUGUGUACAUCAUGGGAAUUUUAUUGGGUUAUUGCCUGCGCUACGUAGGAAGAAAUUACCCAUUGAAAAGCGGCCACCUCAAGUUGGGAUGGAUCAUCGCUAUUGUAUUCUUCUACGAAGCAUUUAUACACCCGGCUAAAAUGGGUGACAUCGAUUAUGUGUAUAACGCCAGCGAUGCCGCCAACUAUGCGGCUUUCGCACCAAUAUAUUGGUGCAUAUUUUUCAGUUGGAUAAUAUUUGUUUCGUACACGGGCAAUGGAGGUGUUGUAUCUUCGAUGUUUUCAUGGAAAGGAUUUAUCGUGUGCACACGGCUAUCCUACACGUUCUACUUGACACAAUUUCCUGUAUUUUUCUACAACGUCGGAAGCCAUCGUUCAGCGUUGGAAUACAGUUUUGGAUUGAUUGUUAACAUCAAGGAGAUCCUGGCCAUCGUCCUGGUGUCCGUGGCGCUUACCUUAGCCGUUGAAAUGCCAUUCAACAACAUCAGAACGUCGUUCGUGAAGAAGUCCAUGCGCGAGACGAAAGCGCCGACUGCCGCCGCCGCCGCCGUAGGAGGCGACACAGAGUCGCGUCGUAACCGAUGAGAUUUCUUCGAGGGCGCAUUAUUAUUAUUUUAAUAAUCAUUAUUUAUCCGUCAUCUCGCGGUCAUCGAUCACAUCGUUCAUCACACAUACGCGUACACACCGUUAAGCUCAACAUUUCCAUUUAGCAUUUUAGACUUAAUUAAAUAUAGGAUCACUCUCGUUCAUUUAACACAAAUCCGUUCACGCGGGUGUUUUAAAAACCAACGCGUUUAGUACUUUACAUUUCCUUUAGUUUAAAAUAUGCAGCACUCUCCUCAUAAUAAUAUCAUAACAGUCGCUCACUCGCGUCGUCGAUUCACAAAUUAUUUGCUUAUUGUUUCAACACAUCAUUAGACUGAAUCCACGCGCAACGCAAUCGUCGACUUGCCCUGCGCGCUGUCGUAGUAAAUUUUAGUAUCGAUGGAUAGUUUAUAGCGUACAAAAAUGUUAAGCUCAAUAAUUUUAUUAUUAUUAUUUUUUUUUAACAUUAAACUUGCCAUUUUAACAAACUGGUGUACUUAUAGGUUAUAAUAUUACAUGUACAUACGAUUCGGUAUAGAAUUAGUUAUUUAUCAUUAUUAUUAUUAUUAUUAUUAUAAUCACCAUCAACGUACUAUAUAAUUAAUGAACUUGUAUUACUCAUAAUAAUGAAGUUCUAAAUGCAUAAUAUUUAUUUAUUUGUCAUAUAAUAAUUUCGGGUGUUAUAAAAAUAAAA